CGCAGCGUACCUUGCGCGUCGCCGCGUAACCUACGCCGUAAGCUCUGCGUCGAUUUAACGCAGAACCAUAAUUCAGGCUUGACUCGGGUUGGCGGCUGGAAAGCGGUAAAUUACAAACAGAGAGCAGAACCGAGCAGAGGCUGUUCCUGCCGGAGGUAAACACUGCUCCUGCCCCGGGCAGCAGAACCGAGCGGAGACUGUAGUGAUCCUGCCGGGGGUAAACCGCCAUGGAGCAGCUGUUCAGCCAGCGGCUGCAGGUGAACGUGAGGUGUCGGGACUGCGAGGACAGGAAAGCGAACGUCCGUGUGACCAUCGAGCUUCAGCUGACGACGAGUCCAGUGCACAGGAGGGAUCUGCUGGUCAGAUUAACUGACGAUGUAGACCCAUAUUUUCUCUUCAACCUGUCUUUAUCAGAGGAAGACUUCCAAAGCUUGAAGGUGCAGCAGGGCCUGCUCAUAGACUUUGCAGCGUUUCCUCAGAAGUUCAUCGACCUGCUGAAGCUGUGCAGCUCUGAGCAGGAGUCGGACAGUCCCAGGUUCCUGCUGCAGCUGGCGUGUCAGUCUCAGACUCUGGAGGGCGCCUCCACCUUCAGCAUCGUAGAGACCAACGCCUUCAAGCACCUGACCCACCUGUCGCUGCGUCUGUCUCAGGGCUCGGACAAGGAGGUCAACACCUACCUGGCAGCCUGCCUCUCCUCUCUCAAGGCAGAGAAACAAGCUUUGGACGUGAAACUGAAGAAGAUUGAAGAUGAUCUGUCACGGCAGCUGAGUUACGCUCAACAGACUCUGUCUGAGAAGACCAAAGAGUUGGACAAGCUGCGCUCGGACUGGACCAAUCAGAGCUCUUCUCUGUCCAGCCGUCACUCCCAGGAGCUGCAGUCGGAGAGGGAGAAGGCUGUGGAGCUGCAGAGCAGGUUCCAGCGGGAAGCGGAGCAGCUGCGCCAGGAGCUGCAGAGCUCCCACCAGAAGAGCAGCCAGCAGCUGCAGAACCGAGUGACGGAGCUGGACACGUCCUGCAGAGAGCUGACCGACAGGAAGUACAAGAACGAGGCUGCCGUCAGAGACCUGAAGGUCAAGCUGGUGGCUUCAGAGGAGGAGUGCCAGCGUCUGAAGCAGCAGGUCCUGAGUCUGAGGAGGGAGAACGGCACUCUGGACACGGAGCUGCACGAGAAGGAACGUCUGGUGAACCAGCUGCAGAUGAGGACGGCUGUUCUGGACCAGGAGAUGAAAGACAAGGAGCUGCUGAUGCGCCGCACCAAGGAGGUGCUGGAGGCCACGCAGCAGCGGAAGGAAUCGGUGGAAGAAAAUGCAGAAAGUAAAGAAGUUCAAAUCAGGAAACUUGAAGCUACGGUGAAGUCUCUGUCGGAGGAGCUGAUAAAGGCUAACGGGAUCAUCAAGAAGCUGCAGGGGGAGAUUCGAGGUCUCGUUGGAAAAAUCAAGGUCAAGAACACGGUGACCGUGUCCCAGGAGAAGGUUCUGCAGGAGACGGCGGAGAAGCUCCAGAGGGUUGAGAAGGAGCUGCAGAGCGCUCAGCAGCAGCUGCUGACCAAGGACGAGCAGGUGUCCAAGCAGAAGGAGCAGCUGGAGACGACGGUGCAGAAGCUCAACGAGAGCAGAGAAGUUCUAAAAACCAACGAGAACGUUAUAAAUUGGCUGAACAAGCAGCUGAAUGAGACUCAGCUGAGCAGACAGACGCAGCUCCCUGAACCUCUGGACCAUCCUGGACUGACGUCGGCGGCAACAGGAUUGAGGGCCCAGUUUGUUCCCCGGGCGGGCGGUGGGCCCUCCCCCUCACCUGGGACGCCCACUCUGAGGCCUGACGGCAGCCCCGACGGCCUGCAGCCGACAACCAGACGCUCCGGAGAGGCUGCAGGUUUGGACCCAAAGUACUUUGACAAGCGAGAUGACAGCAUCCCCAUCUACAACCUGUCAUCCAAGCUGCUCCACAGAGAGUUCCCGGAGCGUACGAAGCCUCCUGCGGUGUCUGCUUACUUCUCAGCCUGAACCCCACGCUGCCGUCUCCAACAGCAGCUCAUCCAUCCUUGUAAAACCCCAUGAAUAUGUUCAAUAAACUUG